GCUGAAACUCCCCUAUAUAUGCCUCAGGGUCGGCUUAAGCUAAGAGACGAUUCGGCUAGCCAAGAAAACACCUUAUCUGCUUUGAAACCUCCCACGUUUAUUUCUACCCUGGUUUUGGUAAGUGCACACUUGGGACAACGUCCCCCCCCUUAUGUCUACCUCCUACCUCGUAUCUGCAAUGGCACCACGGAUGCGUCGGUUGAACGGCGAUACACCUCCUUCGUCUAACCGGCCUGACGGUUUACCAAGCCCAAUACCGGACCAAGUUGGUUGUAGGUCGGUAACCUCAGCUGCGUUGUUGACGAGCUGACGAUCUUGGGAAACACCGGCGGGAGACCUUCACAGCAAUCACUGACCGAUGCUCGGGUAGUUGACGGACCGAAGCCUCGGUGGCUGACCGUAGGUAGAUUUAGGCGGUAAUAGCGCUUCGCUGAGUUAUGGCCACUGGAUUAGGGAGCGAUGGCAGCAAUGGCGGAUUUCACUCGGGACGAACAACACCUUUCACAAAGGUAAAACCUCGGGGUCCUAUGGGGUAUCAGGAUGGGGUAUUAGAAUGGCGUUGAAGAACGGUUGUCACAGCUGCUACAGGGCAUGGUUCCGUAUUUACCUGGAUAUCCUGGAAUCUAGCACUUCCGGAUUCCGUGUUUUCACUACUAGCACAAUAUAAGCGUAAUUUGCGCCGUUGCGUGCUGGCGUCUUUGGCUACUGCAGUGAAAUGGCCGAUUUAUGGCAGGUCAUUGGCCCUGUAGCCGCGUAUAAUGACUUGAGACGUCAUCGUUCUUUCGCCCCAUCCUGAUACUCGAUUCGCCUCGCCUUUUCGCCGCAUUAAAACAGCGCCAUCUGGUCGUGAGGUUCAGAACUUGCCGUUGACAGUUGCUUUUCGGGUUGGUGCGUAGGGGUUCAGGGGUGGACUCCAACGCAGAGCGAUUCCUCCACAAAUACAGUGUCUUCUUGGCACAUUUACACAUUAUCACGAAUUAGAGAUCCACAACCACUGACACUACUAACCGAGCACUUGUUACACUCUCCUCCCGCUCGGGUUAAAAAAAUGUUAGCAAGCUAAUAUUUUUUUAAACUUUGCGACACUUUUAACCUCCACCACAACACCGACUGCUGAACCAGAGGUCCUCGAAGAGCAUUGACUUAACACUGUUAAACGCGAAGUGACAACGAACAAUUCUAUUCAAUAAGAUCUUUUUCUACUAAGUUCGGACUUCCGCUGAAAAGUGAUAUGUAUUCACCCGUAUUAUUCGUGGGUCGGGGUCAUAAGGCAUCAACGUUGAUAAAUCAACUCCGCGCUGUUUAGAGGUAAACCUUUACUGACCAUCAACGUCUUCGACUCCGGUCUCCAGCGAUCCCACAUACUGAGCUACUGACCAACUUUGUUGAAAACGAAUUAAAAUUAUUUAAAUUAAAGAUAAAAACCUACUUAAAACUAAGAAAUUCAAUAAAUAACACCCAUAACAUGCAUAAAAUAACAAAAAAAAAUUACAUACUAACAUGCUAAAAUAAUUUAAAAUCCGGAAACAUUACAAAUUUACACCAUUUUACGGUGUGCAACAAAUAUUUAUUCAAAAGUACUCAUUUAAUGUUGCGCGAUGCGUUGUUUUAUCUGUGAACGUGGGUGUACUAAAACACUGUACUAAAGCUGAAUGACAUUUCUCGAGCAGCGGAAUGGUGGAAAAAGGAAUGAUCAAAACAAGAAAAAUUUCACCGUGAUGGAGCAACGUGGUUUCUGUCUUAUUCCCGGCUGGUGGAAGGCUCUGAAGCAGGUACUGGACUUUCCCGACAAUGGAAUCCAAUGCCGAGAUGACGUCUGCACUUACAACGGAACCCCCCUCCGCCUCCAUUGUAUGGUUACGGUUUGGAUUUUCCUCCCCGAGAUGUGUGCCGGUUCGCUGCAUUCCCGCUGGCUCUGCAAAAACUGCCUCAUUGCCCUGAAAUACCUAGCAGAGGACAUAAGCUUCCAGUUGUGAUUUGCCAAACAUGAUGCAACCCAACUGUACCACAUUACUUUCAUCCUGCUACACUACUACAGUUAUUCGGUUGUAGCAUGAAGUGCAAUGCGACAUGUAAUGCACUUUUAUCACGUCGCAUGUAUCAUCACCCGCUGUGUAGUUUGUUGCGUGUGCAGAAUGGGGUUUACUGGUUUCGCCGGCUGAAAAUUCAUGACGGUGCUAUAAGUGCAUAGGCGUUGUCGCACUCAGCUGUUUUUUCUCACCUGUAAUUUGCGGAAAAGGAUAGCACGACAGGAUUCAUGAUUUGUACCAGCUUCGCCAUCCAGUGACUCUACGGAUUCCUGCAGAGUUGGACGUAUCCCGAACUUCCGCCAGAAAUCGUAGCCCAGGAUGCAUCGCCGGUUUAAAUCUGGGGCGACAAGGAUGGACAACAAUCUGGUGACCCCAUUGAAGGUGACCGGGAUAUCUACGGCCCCUAUGACCUCCAGAUGUUGGCCUCCAGCUGUUGAGAGUUUGAUAUUGGAAUCGAGUUGACGUUUGCGGCUAACAUGGCGAUUCGACAAUCCUCGCGGGUGUUCCGGAACAGCAAAUCGAACCGCCGUUUUUCGUCCCACGGAAUGGAAAGACUACGGAAGAUCCGCACCAUGUCCAGGUAGUAGUCUUGGAAUUUCUCCCUGGCUCCCUGUCGACGGUUACAAGCCUGCCGUUCGUAGACGUAGUCCAUAUCGACAGGUCGAUACGCAACAACCGCUCGCACUGGCUACGCGUCAUGCUCGCAUCGAACGGGAUUUUCCGGAUGUUAAGCUCAUGCUCGAGUUCGUCGAUGGUGAGAUGAGCUGGGUUCAACGCAUGGUACUGCGAGAGUAGGUGUGACAUCUCCAUAGUUUUAAUAUCACAGGUGAAUAAAAUUUACUUUGAAUUUACUAAUUAUUCUAAUUACGCUUCACAAAUUUUAAAUCUAAGCUAAAAAGUACAAAAAUAAGCUUAAACAAAAAUUUAUCCAAUCACAAACGAUACAGUACAAUGCGACUAGAAUAAAACGUUUGGGUAGUGGGUUACACAACUAUAAUAAAUUAAAAUUUUCAAAUUUGACUAUUAAGUUUAAGAAACGUAAGCACAGACAAAACAGUUUACAAACGACAAUCAAAAUCGAAUAGCAAAAGUUGACUAGUAAUAAGAUGAGGGGAAUAAAAUUGAUUGGGAUUGGGUUCUUGUUUGAAUUCUCUUUUCCACCCCCCACCGAGAAAGAAAAUUUUCCGGAUUUCCGAGAAAAUUUUAUCUUCGACCUAAAAUGUUUUUCAAAACGUUUUCAACUAGUUGGUUACUAUUCGAAAUUUCUUUGGAUGUCCAAGACCCCUCGAAUCGGAAACAAAUCGAAUUCAAACUGGUUGUUUCCCACUAGGUGUAGUGUGUAAGGCAAAUUUCUAAGAGGUUCUGGGCGUUUUCCCAGAGACCCAAGCAGAAGUGGCUUCAGAGAAAAGUGUCUGCCGAGCGUAUCCAAAUCGCAAAAGCAACUUUUACGUUAUGGGCGCCAAGUAUAACAAAUGGGUCGGCUAGCGGGUUCAGCGGUGCUGAAACUCCCCUAUAUAUGCCUCAGGGUCGGCUUAAGCUAAGAGACGAUUCGGCUAGCCAAGAAAACACCUUAUCUGCUUUGAAACCUCCCACGUUUAUUUCUACCCUGGUUUUGGUAAGUGCACACUUGGGACAACGUCCCCCCCCUUAUGUCUACCUCCUACCUCGUAUCUGCAAUGGCACCACGGAUGCGUCGGUUGAACGGCGAUACACCUCCUUCGUCUAACCGGCCUGACGGUUUACCAAGCCCAAUACCGGACCAAGUUGGUUGUAGGUCGGUAACCUCAGCUGCGUUGUUGACGAGCUGACGAUCUUGGGAAACACCGGCGGGAGACCUUCACAGCAAUCACUGACCGAUGCUCGGGUAGUUGACGGACCGAAGCCUCGGUGGCUGACCGUAGGUAGAUUUAGGCGGUAAUAGCGCUUCGCUGAGUUAUGGCCACUGGAUUAGGGAGCGAUGGCAGCAAUGGCGGAUUUCACUCGGGACGAACAACACCUUUCACAAAGGUAAAACCUCGGGGUCCUAUGGGGUAUCAGGAUGGGGUAUUAGAAUGGCGUUGAAGAACGGUUGUCACAGCUGCUACAGGGCAUGGUUCCGUAUUUACCUGGAUAUCCUGGAAUCUAGCACUUCCGGAUUCCGUGUUUUCACUACUAGCACAAUAUAAGCGUAAUUUGCGCCGUUGCGUGCUGGCGUCUUUGGCUACUGCAGUGAAAUGGCCGAUUUAUGGCAGGUCAUUGGCCCUGUAGCCGCGUAUAAUGACUUGAGACGUCAUCGUUCUUUCGCCCCAUCCUGAUACUCGAUUCGCCUCGCCUUUUCGCCGCAUUAAAACAGCGCCAUCUGGUCGUGAGGUUCAGAACUUGCCGUUGACAGUUGCUUUUCGGGUUGGUGCGUAGGGGUUCAGGGGUGGACUCCAACGCAGAGCGAUUCCUCCACAAAUACAGUGUCUUCUUGGCACAUUUACACAUUAUCACGAAUUAGAGAUCCACAACCACUGACACUACUAACCGAGCACUUGUUACAUAUAGGCCGAUUGCGAUGCUCUCGUGUCUCCGGAAAUUGCUCGAAAAAAUGAUUCUCUUUCGGCUGGAUAAAUGGGUUGAAUCAAACAACCUGUUGUCAAGUACACAAUUUGGAUUCCGUAGAGGCAAGGGUACGAACGACUGUCUAGCAUUACUUUCAUCAGACAUUCAAUUGGCGUUUGCCCAAAAAGAGCAAAUGGGGGCAGUAUUUCUGGACAUCAAAGGGGCAUUCGAUUCGGUGUCCAUAGAAGUGCUAUCAAGUAAUCUUAACUCUUGCGGACUUUCACCAAUAUUGAACAAUUUUCUAUACAACCUGUUGUCUGAAAAAAUCAUGCAUUUUAGUCAUGGAGAAACCAACGUUGAACGCAUUAGUUACAUGGGUCUACCCCAAGGCUCAUGUUUAAGCCCCCUGCUAUACAACUUUUAUAUCCGAGAAAUCGAUGCUUGUAUCGCACAAAAUUGCACGCUACGACAGCUUGCGGAUGACUGUGUUGUUCACAUCACAGGUAAAACAGACACUCAAAUAAAACCUCCUUUGCAAGAAACUCUAAAUAACUUAUCACAUUGGGCCAGGAAUCUAGGUAUCGAGUUUUCACCUAGUAAAACCGAGUUAGUAGUUUUUUCAAGGAAGCAUUCCCCUCCUCAAAUAGAGCUCCUUAUGAUAGGUAGAACUCUAACUCAAUCUCUUAGUUUUAAAUAUUUGGGUGUCUGGUUCGACUCUAAAUGCCUCUGGGGAAAACAUAUUAGGUACUUGACUCAAAAAUGCCAAAAGAGAAUCAAUUUUCUUCGAACGAUUACUGGAACCUGGUGGGGUGCUCAUCCACAGGACCUCAUCAGGUUAUACCAAACAACGAUACUGUCGGUCAUAGAAUACGGAAGCUUUUGCUUUGGGUCCGCCGCGGAUACCCACUUGAUUAAACUAGAACGAAUACAGUAUCGUUGUUUGCGUAUUGCCAUGGGUUGUAUGCAGUCGACACAUACGAUGUGUCUCGAAGUACUGGCGGGAGUAAUGCCGUUGAAAAAUCGAUUCUUCGAUUUAUCGCUACGUUUCCUAAUUCGAAGUGAAACUAUGAAUCCUUUGGUGAUAGAAAAUUUGAAAAGGCUUAUGAAUAUUAAUUCGCAAGUAAAAUAUGUAAAUGAUUAUAAAACUUUUAGUCAAUUAGAAAUAAAUCCUUCUUUAUUAAAUUCGGACACGAGUCACUUUUACCCGAGUAGCAGUUCCUUGAUAAGAUUCGAUCUGUCCAUGACCGCUGACAUCCGUGGAAUACCAGAUCACGUCCGACCCAACAUCAUUCCUUCAAUCUUUGCUUCAAAAGUACGUGAAAUUGAUCCUUUAAAAAUGUUCUUUACUGAUGGUUCUAGAAUCGACAACGCGACUGGCUUCGCAGUGUAUAAUGAGGGCUUUGAAGCUUCGUUCAAGCUUCGAGAGCCAUGCUCCGUUUACACUGCUGAGCUAGCCGCUAUUUACUGCACCUUGGAACACAUUCGCACACUGCCCGUAGACCACUAUUUCAUCUACUCGGAUAGUCUCAGCUCCGUUGAGGCAAUUCGAUCGAUGAAACUGAUGAAGCGCUCUUCCCAUUUCUUGCUGGAAAUUUCAGGGUUAUUGGGCGCUUUGAUCGAAAAUUCGUAUAGGAUUACCUUAGCUUGGAUCCCGUCUCAUUGUCUUAUACAAGGCAAUGAGAAGGCGGACUCAUUGGCUAAGGUGGGCGCGUUACAAGGUGAAAUCUUUGAGAGGAUUAUAACUUACAAUGAAUAUUUUUCAAUACCUCGCACUUUAGCGAUUAACGCUUGGCAGUCUAGCUGGGAUGAUGGCACAAAGGGACGUUGGCUCCAUACGAUUAUCCCUAAGGUCCCGACGAAGGCAUGGUUUAAGCAUUUCAACAUGAGUCGCGAUUUCAUUCGCGUGGUUUCUCGGCUCAUGUCAAAUCACUGCCGGCUUGACGCGCAUUUGUUUCGUAUACAACUAGUUACAAGCAAUGUUUGUGUUUGUGGGGAUGGCUACCACGACAUUGAUCAUGUUGUGUGGACGUGUGAACGGUUUGAUCGAUCGAGGGCUUGGCUACUGGAUACCCUUAGGGCCCGACGUAAACCACCCGAUGUUCCAAUUCGAGACAUCUUGGCAAAACUUGAUCUGGAGUAUUUGUACCCUAUCUACAAAUACCUUAAAAUGUCUGACUUGGUCGUUUAGUCCUCUUUCCUUCGUAACUUUUUCCCUGUAUAUGUACCCUUUUAAUGUUCAUUUUAUCUAUUCAAUAGAGCAACCUACCAUCUAAUGGGUUCCACAAUCUCUACCAGAAGUCUGGCCAGAAAGACGACAAUCAAGAGUAGCUACAGUAUCCACAGCUACAGGAAGCCACCACCGAGUCCAGAUGGAAAAACGUCUUCAAAAGUGAACCAUAAAUGCUCCCCUUCCCUUCCUUAAAUUAGUAUACAACUAACAGUUGAGUCCCCGCGACUAUUACGGAUCCCCCUUCUACUAACAUAGAUUAAUUAAGUGAUACA